AUGACCGUUACCAAGCGGCAGCAGGCACUCGUGGGGCCACGGGAGCUAGCUGGAAAGUUCAGCCUGGACGAGGUCAUCAGUCGCACUGUCCAGGUUGUACUAGAAAGGCUGGACGGCAGGCUGGCGGCCCUCGAGGCGCAGCUCAUUGCUCCGGCUGACGCUCGGCGACCGGCAUAUGCCGCGGUGUCGGGUACUCCAGCCGCUCGCCCCGCCCCCGUACGGGCUCCAGCUACUAAGUUGGGCCCGGGACGGGAUAGAACCAAACGGGGGGGCGGUGCCAACGCGAAACGACCAUCGCAAGCACCCCAGCCCCGUCCGCUGUCUCCGCCUCCGUCUAACAUGGACGAGGGGUGGAACGUGGUGGCCCGGCGGGGUAACAAGAAGGCCCCAUUGACAGCUCCACAAGUGGGUGGAGCGCCGGCGGCCACGGCGGCUCAGGCUGCUCCCCAACAGGUUGACCUGGAUGAGAUCGGGGCGGGGGAGGGCCUCCGCUGUAGGCAGACAGCCAAUGGGGCCAAACUGCUAGAAUGUCCCGUUGCCGACAGUCCCGGCAUCGCGGAGCGUCUGGCGGCAAGGCUCCGUAUGGUUCUGCCUGAAGAGGAGGUGCGGGUGCAUAGGCCGGUCAAGAUGGCUGAAUUGAGAGUGACCGAUGGUGCAGAGUAUGAUUUCAUUGUUGUCGGUGCUGGAUCUGGAGGAUGCGUGAUUGCUAAUAGACUGUCAGAGAUCAAAAACAUCAAUGUAUUGUUAAUUGAAGCUGGAGGAGACCCCCCAGUGGAAUCUGUUAUUCCAAGUAUACACCUAUUUAUGAAGGUUUCAAAAGUAGACUGGAAUUACACAUCCGUCCCGGAUGUAAUGAUGAAAUACAUGAAAAAUCAAGUCGUCCAGGUUACAAGAGGGAAAAUGCUCGGUGGGACUAGUUCUAUCAAUUUCAUGGCCUACACGAGAGGGAAUUCCCAUGAUUAUGAUAAAUGGGCCAAAAUUGUUAAUGAUACAACUUGGAAGUGGGAGAACGUGCUACCGUACUUCAUCAAGAGUGAAAGACUUGAUGAAUCCGAUCUAAAUUGGGUUGACAAAGAACUUCAUGGUACUGAAGGUUAUUUGGGCGUCAGAAAACAACACUAUGAUGCGACAUCUGAAUACUUGAAAGCUUUUCUGAAAUCGGUCAUGAUAUCGAAUACACAAAGUGCUGCUUUAGCAUUUCUCUCAAAAUUUCAGGAUCGUACUAAUCUACAUGUUUUGAAGAAUGCUUUAGUUACAAAAAUUUUGUUCGAUGAUAACAAAUGUGCAACUGGUGUUGAAUUAAUAUUAAAUGAUAGAUUGAUGACAAUAAGAGCAACUAAAGAAGUAAUCGUAUCUGCAGGUGCUAUCAACUCUCCUCAAUUGUUGAUGCUUUCAGGAGUUGGCCCUCGGCAGCAUUUAAAACAUAAAAACAUCAAAGUUAUAUCUGAUUUACCAGUAGGACAAAAAAUGAAAGAUCACAUUAAUGUUCUAGUUUUACAUAAAAUGGGUAAAGCUACUUUAAAUAAGAAACCAGCUCAUCCUUCCAAAUACCCAUUCCCUUUAAUCAUAGGAUACGUGGCUUUGAACAAGACUCAAAAGUAUCCUGACUACGAGAUAAUGACGUAUAUGUUAAAUGACAAGUAUGAUUUUAUUCAUUUUUGUGUGUUUUUCUUGAGCUUAAAAGACGAAAUCUGCCAAGAUUAUUAUGACCAUAGUGGUGACCGGCAAUUGACGUUUACAUUUGUGAGUUACUUAUAUCCAAAGGCCCGUGGCCAAAUUCUGUUGAACACAACAAAUCCUCGCGAUCAACCUCUCAUUUACCCUAACUAUCUCACAGAAGAAAAAGAUAUAGAAAACCUUGAAAAAUAUAUUAAAGAUUACCUCAAAAUUACGAACUCUAGCUUCUUCAAAAGUAUUAAUUCAGAGCUUAUAAUUCCAAGGGCUUGUAACUGCGUACCUGAACAAAAUUUUUGGAAAUGUUACGUGAAAUGCCUGGUUAUCUCUGGCUAUCAUUUUUCCGGUACUUGUGCUAUGGGUGAAGUGGUUGAUUCUAGGUUAAGAGUCUACGGAGUUAAAAAUCUGAGAGUCGUGGAUGCCAGUGUAAUGCCCCGAAUACCCGGAGCCAAUAUCAACGUACCAAUUAUAAUGAUCGGCGAAAAAGCAGCCGAUAUGAUAAAAGAGGAACAUGAGCUGCUGUUGCUGUAA